AUACAUUUUUGCAUUUAAGCUUUUUAUUUAAAUUUAAUAUGACAUUUAUAUCAAUUCUGUCAGAAUAUGUAUUUCCAUUUCUUCUUGCUACGGAUAUCUUCAAUCCUCGGAUCUCUGAUAAUUUUAAAUCAAAUUAUGACUACAUUAUUGUUGGAGCUGGUUCUUCUGGUAGCGUUAUUGCAUCUCGCUUGUCCGAAGAUUCUUGUGUAAGUGUUUUACUCUUGGAAGCUGGACCUAAAGCGCAAGUUUUAACAGAAGUGCCUUUGGCUGGCUUGAAUAUAGCCAAAACGAUAAAUGAUUGGAAUUACAAAACUAUUCCGCAAAAGAACGGUGCUUUUGCUUAUCCAAAUCAUCGUAUUACUAUGCCCCGAGGAAAAGGAUUGGGAGGUUCGAGCAUGGCAAAUUACAUGUUGUACGUGAGAGGUAAUAAAAAGGACUAUGAUCGAUGGUCAGAAAUAGGCUGUGAAGGGUGGUCAUGGAACGAUGUAUAUCCUUACUUCUUGAAAUCAGAAAACAAUACUGAUCCAAGAAUAGUCCGAAAUGGUCACCACGGUACAGAUGGAUAUCUGACAGUUCAAAGUCUGCAGUAUAAUAGUCGUAUAGCUAUUGCAUUUUCCAAUGCAGCUGCAGAACGAGGUUACAAAUAUCGAGAUACUAAUGGACCUAACCAGACUGGUUUUUCGAUAGUACAAGGAACGACUAGAAAUGGUAGACGAUGCAGCACGUCAAAGGCGUUUUUGAUUCCGGCAGAAGACAGAUCAAAUCUAGACAUCGUCACGGAUGCUUUAGUAACAAAAAUUCUUAUAAACAAAAAUCUAGAAGCGUAUGGCGUGAAAGUUGACAUAGGUGGACACGAAUAUGAAAUACUUGCUAAUAACGAAGUUAUUGUCAGCGGAGGAGUUUACAACUCGGCUCAACUUUUAAUGUUAUCUGGCAUAGGGCCCAGAAGUCACUUGGAAAAACUUGGUAUACCUGUCGUUGCUGACCUCCAAGUGGGAAAUAACUUGCACAGUCAUAUUGGAGCAGCUGGUCUUUCUUUUGAAGCUCCAAUGGCAGAUGAUGAUUUCAAAGUUGUUUUUAAUAACCCCAAAGAAGCAUCGGAACAAUUUAACAAUUUUGGAGAAGGACCAUUAACGAGCUUCACGGGAUUCGAAGGGCUGGCGUGGUUUAAUUCCAAGUACAACGACCCUGCCCUAGAUUGGCCAGAUUUAAAUAUUCAUUUGUGGGGUUUCACAGAUGCGAGUCAUCCAGCAGGAGUUGCUCAUGAUGAAGUUUACAGUAAGGUUUACAGUCAUUAUGAAGGUAAAAAUACAUUUAGUAUUCUUCCAUCAUUCCUGCACACUUUGAGCAGAGGAACUGUCAGAUUGGCUUCAAAAAAUCCUAAAGAACAUCCUCUCAUUGAUCCUAACGUAUUUGACAAACCAAUUGAUCUUGAAAGGGUUGUAGAAGGUAUGCAAGAGGCAGUGAAUAUCGUUACUACGACUGAGGCUUUCAGAAGAAUUCAGGCCAAAAUGUUCGAUAUUAAAUUUCCCGGAUGCGAACAGUAUGAAGCAAACAGUACUUACUAUUCUACUGAUUAUUUAAGAUGUUUAGCUGUCCACUACACUUUCGACUAUUACCAUCCUGUGGGUACCUGCAAAAUGGGUAGUCCAACAGACAUAACAGCCGUUGUGGAUCCACAAUUGAAAGUAAGAGGAAUAAAAAAACUUCGAGUAGCUGAUGGGUCUAUAAUGCCAGUCAUAGUUGGUGGAAACACUAAUGCCCCCAUCAUAAUGAUCGGGGAAAAAGCGUCAGAUAUGAUUAAGGAAGAUAAUCCAGAUCGAUUGCAAUGUUAGAUAACCAGAUUGUACCAAAAUGACACAAAGAGUCAUCUAACCAAAUCAUCAUCAAAUUGGUUAUGUAUUAAAGAUGAGCAGACCGUA